GGCAGAUGAGCUCACCUUAGGGCAGGACCUGCUUGCUGCCUUGGUCCCCAUCCUCGCUGGUGGCGCCACCUUCUGUGGCGGCUGCACGCGCCACUUUCGGAGCCUCACGCAGCCUGUGCUCAGCCCGGCAGUACGAGAAGGACUGGGACAGGUUUUCUGA